AUGACGAACAUAUUGCUCACUUGUAUCGUCGCCCUUCUACUUGCCUUUGCCGCUGCUGCGGAAGAAUCAAGUCCCGAUCAGCGGCUGCUGGCUGCUUGCUUGUCUCCACGAGACGACGAGUCGUCAGCCAUUGCCCAGGCCGCCAAGGAUGGCGCCAAUAUCAAUGUGAAAGAUCCUAGAAGCGGCCAAACCUGUUUGAUGGCUGCGACGCUUCGAGGCAAAAUUAACGUGAUUCGACAGGUGCUAAAACUGGGAGCCGACGUCACUAUUCCCGAAAAAGAUGGCUACACACCUCCUCAUGGUGCCGGGUUUCAAGGAAGACCUGAUAUUAUGAGACUGUUGAAAGAAGAAGCCAACGUGGAUGUCAUCAAUGCGCCUCAUCCCGAUGGAUAUUUUCCCUUUCAUCGAGCAUGCUGGGGACGAGAAAAGCGUCAUGCCGAAACAGUCAAGUAUUUGUUGGAGAUUGGAGAAGAUGUCAACCGAAAGGGUGCAGGGAACCAACCACAAACGUGCGCAGAGAUGACCAAGAAUCACUACACGCUUGCAAUACUAAAGGCACAUGGAGCGGAUGGUCUCCCGGACCACCAGGAGUUUUAG